CCAAGUCCUCAUCCAAAAUGGCCAGCAAGAAGUCUCAAGAAAACCAACGUGCAGGAGCAGAGAUCGUCUAUGGAGCCCAAGAGUGCUAUGACCACUCGUUGAAGCUCCUCGGAGAGCUAGGAUUCCCGAGAGGCGUGCUCCCUCUAAAGGACCUCGAGGAGUGCGGACUAGUACGUGAAACGGGGUUCGUUUGGAUGAAGCAGAAGACGGCAUACGAGCACUUCUUUGUGGGGACGAAUACGCUAGUGAGGUACGACGUUGAGGUGACGGCGUACGUGGAGAAGGGGAAGAUGAAGAAGAUGAGUGGUGUGAAGAGCAAACAGCUGCUUCUAUGGGUGCCUAUAGUUGAGAUGAGUGUUGAGGGAGAAAAGAUGCACUUCAAGACUCCUAUGGGGAUUGGGAGAUCUUUUCCAAUCACUGCUUUCAUGGAUGAGGAGGAGAAGAAGAAGCAUUUGGUGGAAGUUUAGAGGAAUAGUUUUCAUUAAUGCUUUAAUUCUUCUUUGCUUUUUGGUGUUGUGUUUGUUGACAAGGAGUCAUGUUUUUGUUGUUGCUCUUAUGGGGGUACUGGUUGUAGACGGCACACUUAAUGUGUGUUUAAAAAUAUUUAUAAGUUAUAAAUAAUUAUUUUUUUA